UUCUGCCACACCCGUAAAUGGCAUCCCAAAAUACUUUUUACUCCAAUUGGUAAAGUACACAGUUCCUCUCCUCUCUUGGGCUCACCACCUUUGCUAUUCUCACACAACCCCCCCUUGAUCAAAUCUCGACCCUUGGAUUUAACAGACAGACCCAUUUCAGUGAACUCACCACAGCCGUUGAUGAUGACAGCAUUCUUUUUUGCUUUACAUUGGACGGUCCCGAUUUGGCAGCUCUUUCUAAGCGCCACCACCUAAUCCGACGGCUCUGGUUUUGUGUGGUAUUCGCCAGCAGCACGGUAUAAAGCCAGUGAAUCCAAAGGUCUACAAUCUACAUACAAAGAAAGCACCAGUGCAGCAGACAAAGCUCUCUCUCUCUCUCUCUCUCUCGGUGUUCACAGAUCUAUCAUCAACUCCUCUCAUUCUCUUUCUUAAUCUUUUUCUGUUCUCUUCUCUAAAAUCUCUCUUUCUCUCUAGAGUUUUAAUCUUUAUAUCUUUCUCUGAAAUCUCCAAGAACUGUUUCUCUGAACUGCGUUUUCUUUGACACAAAAAACCUUUCAUUCAAAACCCUGGUUCUUGAAGAUUAGGGUUCUGGGUGGAUCUGUGACCGAAAGUCAUAGCUUUCCACUACUGCAUGCUUUUCUAAACAGAGAGAGCGACCAAGAGACACUGUGAGAAUGGCCUCUUCAUAUCCAGGCAGUGUCAGUGCCUUUCAGGUGGGCUCGUACUUUGUGGGACAGUACUAUCAGGUUCUUCAGCAAAAUCCCGAUCUUGUCCAUCAGUUCUACUCCGAGGCGAGCACCAUGACUCGGGUCGAUGGCGAGUCAAGCGACACUGCCUCCGCAAUGCUGGAAAUUCAUACACUUAUACUGUCACUAAAUUUUACUGCAAUUGAGAUCAAAACAAUCAACUCUCUUGAUUCUUUGAAUGGAGGUGUCCUGGUGAUGGUUUCAGGAUUGGUUAAAACCAGGGAUUUCAGUGGAAGGAGAAAAUUUGUUCAGACCUUUUUUCUGGCUCCUCAAGAGAAAGGUUACUUUGUUCUCAAUGAUAUCUUCCAGUUCAUUGAUGAGGGGAUAACGUGCCAACAUCAAGUACCCAUUCCAUCGGAAAGCAAAUAUGACACCCAACUGAAUGCUUCUAGCCCUCUUCCGGAGCCACCAGCAGUUUCAGACUAUGUUUUGGAGGAUGAGGCUCGGGAGUACGUGAACUCAAUCCAUAUAGAAGACGAUCCAGUUGAUAAGUAUAGUCUACCAGAGCAACAGCUGCAAGAGGACUAUGAGAGUGAAGUUGUCGUGGAGGAAACUCCUGCAGAGGAGACAUCUGUUUCACUUCAAAGCAUGGUAAACACUGUGCAUGAAGCCCCAGCUGCAGCUGUGGAGGAACCUUUGGGAGAGGCACCAAAGAAAACUUACGCUUCUAUUCUGCGAGUUUCUAGUGGGCAGCCUGGAUCAUCAGUUGCUACCCAGCCACCUUUCUACAGAAGUGCUCCAAUUACUUCAGCUACUUCAGAGUGGAAUCAUACGCCACAGCCUGCUGCUCAGCAUUCAAACUCUGCAUUUUCAUAUGUGCCUGAAUCUGGGGUAGAGGCAGCUGAGGAGGGUCUGCCACUGGAAGAAGAAGGUGAACCAAAAUCUGUCUAUGUCAGAAACUUGUCCCCUACUGUUACUGAAGCAGAAAUCGAGCUGGAAUUCAAGAACUUUGGCACAAUUAUACCUGAUGGUAUCUUCAUUAGGUUACGCAAGGAAAUUGGAGUUUGCUAUGCGUUUGUUGAGUUUGAAGACCUUAUUGGUGUUCAAAAUGCGCUCAAGGCAUCUCCAAUUCAGUUGGCUGGAAGGCAAGUCUACAUUGAAGAGAGGAGACCAAACAGUGGCAGCACUUAUCGAGGUGGAAGAAGGGGAGGAAGAGGACGAGGAAGUUAUCAAACAGAGGCCCCAAGGGGGCGUUUUGGUGCACGGAGCUUGGGCAGGGGAAGCAGUCAGGAUAGUGGUGACUACAACAGAGUAAGAGGCAAUGAUUUUUAUCAGCGUGGUUCACGAUGAGACAAAAACUACAGAUGGGCAGAAAUAUUCGUGGGUCAUUACUUAGGUUUUUGAUCUGAGGGUGAUUUGAGCCAUUUAGGCUCUUUAGUUUUGCCAAUCAAACUUUCUUCCUUGUGAUGGUUUCAGGAAAGUAUGGUGUACUUUUUGAGGUGUGUCAUUUUACACGAAUGGAAUUGGUGAGACUUGUUUGUGUUGUUUCUUGUUUGGGUAUAGCUAUGUUGUUUUUUCCCCUUGAAUGAGUUUUAUUAUGCAAUUCAAGUGGGAAUUUUUUUUUUUUGGCAUUUUGAGCCCAAUCCCAAUGUUUUCAGGAAAACAAGGUGCUUGUCUAAUGGGUUAGUAUAUGAUUCUUACUUUUCUGAGUUCA